CGCUUGUCCAAUGUAUUGCGCAAAGCCACAUAGGCUAUUAUUAAUGCAAAGAAAAGUAUGUUAACAUGGACCAUAUGUUUUAGAAACGAUAGGAUUAUGUUAGUGAAAGAAUGGAAAAUACUGUCGACGCGGAAAGUUUGAUUUCGAUUUCUUUGAGGAAAAUUCAGAGUUCACGGACGCAAAGAGGGGGCAUCAAGCUAUAUAAAAACCUCUUAGUUUCUUAUGUGCUAAGAAAUGCCAGGCAGGUCUGCGUAGUUGACAAGCAAGAUGAGACUCGUCCGAAUCUUGUUGAUGAAAAUAGAUGUAUGCAUACCAUUACGAGUGACUUUAAAUCUCAUAAUUCAGAUUGUAACGUGGAUUUGACUGACGGGGUGCGAGGAAAUGAUUUGGUAACAGUGUGUGCACGGCAGUCUCUGUCGUGGUCUGUUUGCCUACUUACGGACCGUCACCAGGAGUAUACAGAGAAUGAGAUCUUUCAAACAUUCAGUGAACAAUCAUUUCCUCCUGGUUCUGACUUCUUGAACCCAGAAUGCUGUCAGACCACGAUGUUGGACUUGGAUACGCACGUAGUGUCAACUGUGGACAGUAGUAGCUGCCAUGUGGAUUGCUCCGGUGCACAAACAUCUUUGCGCAACAACGUCUGGAGAAAACGAAAGGUGGAUUUCUUCAACAUUGAUGAAGAACGGUUGGAUUUAAGCUCUUGUAAAAAAGAAAGACUUUAUAUUACAUGUCCGCCGAAUGAGAAGUCGGACACUGUCGACGUUUCCAACAUCGUCUCUAUUUUAAGUUUCAGUUUAACCGAAUUUAUGAGCAUCCAGACAGACGUAGAACAACAUAGAAACAAAACCUUCCCCAUGUCAUCUGCGUCGUGUAGUGAAGCAUGGACACGAGCAAUUGAAGCAUGUUGACUGAUUUGAUAUUGUUCCCCAUUGGAAAAGAUACGUCAUCAAAUGGACACAUUGGUUUUGGGAACCUUUUGGUGGGUGUGGAGAGAGAGAGAGAGAGACGCGCAUACGAAAUGUCAACAGUGUUACACGUGGUGACCUCAGUUAAGGAAACAUUAAGGUGAUUGUAGGCCUAUCAUCAAUAUCGGCAGUGCUUUGAAAUCUGCUGUCUGCCCUACUGUCUGAGAUAACACCACAAAUGCUGCAAUUGCGUUAAUGCAUAAUGGUUUUCCCUUAAAAGUCAAGGAAGUGCAUGUUCAGUGUGAUACUCGUAUGUGAGUGAACUAGUUGCAUCUGUCUUUCCGUUGGGGAGGUUUUAUUUUUCUAUGCAUUGCCAAUAAAAUGUAUGUUCAUAAUUA